AACGAAAUGGACCGCCAUUCCAAGCUGUGAACCAAAUUUUAGUCUUGGCAGAAAAGAAAAAACAAGCUUGAACCUAGAUGUCAUUCAGUCUAGAUGAAUCAAGAGUUGAGCCGAAGGAAACUUGCUCCGUACGCCGGAACUGAUCUAUUUCCACCAUGUGUUAAAAUAACCGGGACAGGGCCGUGGGUCCUACCUGCAAUUCCAGGUCAGGAAAUCACCCAGGCCCAAAAUCUGAUCCAGGUUCAUUUGCCAAGUCUUCGUCUGCCACCAGUCACUUCGGGGGACCCCUUUUAAACUAUUUCUCGCCUUCCUUUCCUACAACACAUUUCGAUUUCUAGGGUUUCAGGGACUUAAUUGAAAAAAGAAAAAAAAAAAAAAGAGGGAAAACACCCAUUAAGAUUUUUGUUUCUAUGGAAAGCUCUGUUUCUGCUUCAACAUCGAAUCAGCGAAGGUUUCGUUAUUUCCGUUGUAAUUGCUUUAGAAACUUUUGCCGUUGUUUCUGUUGCUGUUACACAUACCCAUAGGGCUGGUUUCAAUGGAUUUAUCUCAUGCUCAAUCGGACCUGUCUCUGAGUUUUACUAAAAGUUCCGUUGCAGACGAUUCGAUUUCGCUUCAAAUUGAUACCAGCUUUCGCUGCUCGCCAAACCCGGUCCGGCCUGUCCCAUUACAGUUCUUUGGGGAAAAAGACGACGGUGCCCCUCGGUUCGAGAACGGCGAGCAAAAAAACCACAUCAAAGAAGAUGAAGAAAUUAGGAUUUUAGGGCAACCUAUGUGCGUGAAAAGACAAAGGGAUGUUAAACCUGUUUCAAACCCUUGUAAACGUUUAGCUCCGGAGCCUGGUCUGGACCAAAGACGGGCUGCUGUCCGGUCAUGGGGAAACCAACCGCUAGAACAGGCAGAUCCAGAAUUGAGUGAAAUCAUGAAUAAGGAAAAGCGAAGGCAAUUCCUAGGAAUUGAGCUUAUUGCUUCCGAAAACUUUGUGUGCCGAGCUGUGAUGGAAGCUUUGGGAAGCCAUCUAACGAACAAAUACUCCGAAGGAAUGCCUGGAGCGCGGUACUAUACGGGCAAUCAUUUUAUUGAUCAAAUCGAAACCCUUUGUCAUGAGCGUGCAUUGGCAGCCUUUAGUCUUGAUUCCGAGAAAUGGGGAGUCAAUGUGCAGCCUUAUUCAUGUACUUCUGCGAAUUUCGCUGUCUAUACUGGACUUUUGUUGCCUGGUGAUCGGAUCAUGGGGUUGGAUUCGCCAUCCGGAGGGCAUAUGAGUCAUGGAUGGUAUAUGCCGGGUGGGAAGAAAGUAUCUGCUGCUUCUAUAUUCUUUGAGAGUUUUCCUUAUAAGGUGAAUACUCAAACAGGUUAUAUUGAUUAUGAUAAGCUUGAGGAAAAGGCUCUUGAUUAUCGGCCCAAGAUUCUUAUUUGUGGUGGGAGUUCAUAUUCUAGGGAGUGGGAUUAUGCAAGGUUUAGGCUGAUUGCGGAUAGGUGUGGAGCGGUGUUGAUGUGUGAUAUGGCUCAUAUUAGUGGUCUUGUGGCAGCUAAGGUAUGUGCCAGUCCAUUUGACUACUGUGAUAUUGUAACUUCAACAACUCACAAAAGUCUACGCGGUCCAAGAGGAGGUAUAAUCUUUUACAGGAGGGGUGCAAAAUCAAGAAAGCAAGGCAUGUGUCUCAGUAAUGGUGAUUGUAGUGGCCAGUAUGAUUUUGAGGAAAAGAUAAACUUUGCUGUUUAUGCGUCAUUACAAGGGGGACCUCAUAAUAAUCACAUUGCCGCUCUUGCCAUAGCCUUGAAGCAAGUGGCUACGCCAGAGUACAAAGCAUAUAUGCAACAGGUGAAGAAAAAUGCUCAGGCUUUAGCAUCUGCUCUGCUGAGAAGAAAAUGCAAGUUGGUUACUGGGGGCACUGACAAUCAUUUGUUGCUUUGGGAUCUCACUACCCUAGGCUUAACAGGUAAAUGCUAUGAGAAAGUUUGUGAGAUGUGCCACAUCACUCUGAAUAAAACUGCUAUAUUUGGUGAUAAUGGUGCUAUUUCUCCUGGAGGAGUGAGAAUUGGUACGCCUGCUAUGACAUCAAGAGGUUGUUUAGAGUCUGAUUUUGAGACAAUCGCUGACUUUCUCUAUAGAGCUGCUCAGAUUACAAGUGCAGUGCAGAGAGAUCAUGGAAAAUUGCAGAAAGAGUUUAUCAAGGGUCUUCACAAUAAUAAAGAUAUUGUUGAUCUCCGGAAUCAUGUUGAGGCAUUUGCCGCUCAGUUUGCAAUGCCAGGAUUUGAUACUUGAAGAUUUAUAAAGAUGGUCUGCAUGCUGCUUGACAUCAUUUUCUUGCUUCUCUGGCACACCCUCACUCCUUGGUAAUCCAAUUAUUUUUGCCAUCCAUGUUUUCGAACUCCUGUAAAUUACAGAAAAUAGGUCAACAUUUCUGGAUUUGUUUCAAAAAUUUUACAGAAAUCACUUCGCUGAACCAGCUGUCUUUAACUUACGUAAUUUUGUAAAAAGUUAUAUAGAGUCAUUUCUUUGAAAACAGUACAAUAAUAUUUAUGAUGCAAUCAUAUUUUAUGAAGUUCUGUCAGGCUAGUUCCCAUAUUUGGUAUUUUAUUUUUGGUGAAUGAGAGUCUGAGACCAUAGUAAGGCAGUGAAAGUAUAUAGCUAGCUCCAUAUGGCAAGAACCUUAGCAACAAAUGCUACUAUAUUUCUAAUGUGGGUUGUCAAGUUAUAUGAAAGCCUACCGAAUUAGUCGACAGAGCACUGCUAAGUUGCUGCUGUUUGUUCUGGAUAAUUGAAACAAGGCAAACAACCACUUUAACUAUCAUGUUGCUUUUGAUGUUUGUUUUUA